CACAAGGAAGGCAACAUCAACCCUGCUAGUCUGGUCGCUCUCACGGCUGCAGGAAAGAUCGGCAAGGAGGUUCAUGGAAUUGUGGUGGGCAAGCAGGGAGAGACGGACGGUGUGGUUGAGAAGGCUACCAAGUGAGUGCCCAAUGCUCGCAUCUUCGGCGGCCGCUCUCGGCUUGGGAUCAGCGCUGGGAAUGCUACUGCAUGGCUUCAGCAGGGGAUCAGCGCUGGGAAUGCUACUGCAUGGCUUCAGCAGGAGCUCAGCCAGUCGGGUGGGGUGCGCACAGCAGAGACUUUGCGCGCAAGUUUGUCGAGCUGAGCGCAAAGUCCUGCCAACUUGGACAACUCGAUCGCUUCCAGCCGCGCAUGCACGAGGCAGCAGUGCUCUCGGACUGAGCCGGACGUAGUCGACAUCUCUGCUCACGCCCGCUUGCCCCAUGCACUCCUCAUCAACCAGGGUCAGCGGUCUGAGCAAGGUGCUUCACGCUAGCGGAGACAAGUACGCAUCCAGCCUGCCCGAGCCCCUCGCUCCUUUGCUCCAAGAGCUAGUCUCUUCCAAAGGCUACACCCAUCUCAUCGCAGGCCACACAGCAGUGGGCAGGGACGUGUUGCCACGCGCUGCAGCUCUGCUCGACUCGAGCCAAGUCAGCGACAUUGUCGCUGUUCACUCCGAGGACACGUUCGAGAGACCGAUUUAUGCCGGAAAUGCUAUUGCAAAGGUCAAGACUAGCGACAAGAUCAAGGUCAUUACUGUUCGCGGUACCGCUUUCGACAAGGCUGCGCUCGAGGGUGGUAGUGCUCAAGCUGAAGCAGUCGAUGCCAAAGAUGCCGAGUCUCCCACCACUUUCCUCGGCGAGAAGAUCAACCAGUCUUCGCGACCUGACCUCGCCACUGCCCCGCGCGUCGUCAGCGGUGGUCGCGCCUUGAAAUCUGCCGAGAACUUUGAGAAGUACAUUGAGCCCUUGGCCGACGCAUUGAACGCGGCUGUCGGAGCCUCUCGAGCAGCAGUAGAUGCAGGUUAUGCCGACAAUGCCCUACAAGUCGGACAGACCGGAAAGAUCAUCGCGCCAGAGCUCUACGUCGCUGUGGGAAUCAGCGGCGCGAUUCAACAUUUGGCCGGCAUGAAGGACAGCAAGACGAUCGUGGCCAUCAACAAGGAUGAGGAAGCUCCCAUCUUUCAAAUCGCUGAUCUCGGUCUCGUUGCAGACUUGUACAACGCCGUGCCCGAGCUCCUCGAGAAGGUCAAGAAGUGACGGUACUGCGAUGCGCAACUUGAUGAUCCGUGCAUUUGAGCCCGACCAAGACUUGCUCUCCAAGCAUAUAUGCUAUGUGGAAUAUAUAAACACACGCAAAUAAUCCGAGCGGACAUGAUAUUGUG